AUGUUUGUUGAAACGUUCGCAGUGCUCGCUGGUGCGCGUUUGGCGACCUUGUGGCGACUCAGGGCGAACACGGUCUGCUCGGGUGUGGUCUCGCACAGGCCACGACUGGCCUCUGGUGCUGUGGCGAGCGGCGCUCGACAGCGGCGAACGCCGAGAGGCGGACUGAAAGCAGCACGCCGAAACCUUCACAUGACAGCGGAAGCGACCCCCAUUCAACCCAGCCGGGAGGAUGUCUUGCUUGGGCAGCUGGUGUUCAUGCAACCUGAGCUGCUCCCCAAGUUCAUCGAGGAAAAUUUGGAGGAGUUUGAUGCCGCUUUUUACGAAUUUCUCCAGCAAAAAAUAGACACCACAAAGGACCUCGAGGAACGCGUUACGCUGAGUACUUUGAAAGAUGCUAUUACCGAUUUGAUGAACGAGUUGCUGCGAAAGCAGGGAUCGGAAAUGAAGUCUGCAAAACCGGAGGAACGCCCGGACGACUCUGAAAUGACGUUACAGCGGGAACUUGAACAGCUGUACCAGAGUUUGGCGCAGCACGCCAGCGAUGAGGAUCGCCUCCGCGUGGCAGUCGCAGCCAACUAUGACCGCUUCACUGCUGCGUUCUUGAAUUAUGUCUUCGAGAGGGCCCACGGAGAACAGAAUAACAGCGCUGAAGCCGCCAAAGUCGCCCAGGCUAUCAAUGAUGAGAUGAAAUCGCGUAUGGAUCGAGCCGCGCAGCGCCUGUCAGAGGUGUUGCGCAGCGGCGCGCCCAAGGCAAUGUCUAUGAAGCUGCGGGAAAUCGGAGCGAACGGGGGUAUUGAUGAGGCAUUUAUGCUCAUUAUGCAGGCGAAUAUAGAGAGGGCGAAGAAGGAAGGUGCGAACGCGCAAGUAAUUUCCAUACUGGAAUCGCUUCGGCAGGAGGCAUCGCGGAUUAUUGACGAGGCUGUGAAAGACAAGGAGCUGCGUCUGGUGCGUGCGCUGCUGCGCACCGAGGACCCCGAACAGCGGCGGCAAAUGCUGUUUGCGGCCUUCUCCCCGCGGGAUCGCGUCUUCAUUGCUCCGGACGCAAACUCUGAGGCACAAAUGGAAAUCGACGGCAAGCGUUUCCUGGAAAUUCUCCGCGAGCUCAUUGAAAAAUACGGAGCCAUUGACGAGAAACUUGUUUCUCGUUGCCGCGAAAUCGGUGAUCAAGCGGACGAAGUGGCGCGUGAGCUACUGGAGCUUGUGGGUAAAAGCCCACGCGAGAUUCAGGAUGAGGCCUGGAUGCGCACUUUAUCCGUGUUCGAGCUGGAGCGAAUGGAAAUUCAGGCUGAAAUGGAGGGUCGCAAGUUGCCCUGGCAGGAACGCCCUCCUGGAUUCGAUGAGCAAGGUCGUCGGCAUCUGUAG